GAGCGCCCUUUGUCUCUUGAUCACCCGUUGAUCCUUCCGCGUUCCGUCUUGCAUGUGACUCGAAUUCUCUUCUCUCUCCCUUUCCGCCUCGCCGUGCAUUUUCCGCUCCCUUUAUGAGUCGCAACUGUGGUUGCCGUCGCGAAUGCGGUUCCUGUAUCCUGGGGUUUCUGCCGACGGCGAGAAACAGCUACGCGAGGCAGGAGGGAGGAGACAAAACAGAAACUGUUAAUAUCGGUUCUCCACGAGCAAGAACACAGCCAUGCAUCAAGUAUCCUUGGUCCCUUCAAGGGGGAACGCCCGACUGGCAGACCACCCUCCUCAGCCUCCUGAUGCCUACCAGGUCGCCUUCGCUCGGCAUGCAGCACUGAGUGUCUUCCGACCCUCUGCUCUUCGUCGCCUUCUGCGCGAACGCCAGACACAGGCUUCUUCGUCUUCCUCUCCUCGCGCCUCGCCUUCCCCUUCUUCGCCGGCUUUGUUGUCUUGCUCGCCUUCGUCCAUUCAAUCUCCAUUGCGUCCGUCUUCAUGUAUGAAUUCAGAGACCGGAGUCACUGAAGGCGAAGCCCUGAGGCUGCAGCUGCAGAGCACAAUCGCAGAGUUGUCUCGGGCGGCGGAGACAGAAGAGACUGCGUGCAGGUCCUCUGUUCCUGAAGCGAAUCUGGAAAAGAGAGACGCUCAUUUCCCAGAGUAUCUGAAGAGUGUGCAGGCGUUCCUUCUUGCAUGCAAGGAAAGCGCAAAGGCAGCAGCAGAAGCCGCGGCAGACGGCCAGGAGGCACAAGUCAUUCUCGUCCUAGGCAACUCGAGUGCAGAUCUAGACAGCAUUUCUGCAGCCAUUGGAUAUGCCUUUUUCCUCGAGAUUUGCCGCUUCACCUUCGAGCUGGCUUCUUUGCCAGGCAAAAGUCUCCAGAGUGUUUCAUCGGCGGAACCCUACGCGCGUCCCCAGUUUCUCCCCGUUGUCCACUGUCAAGCACAUGAAUUCGCCUACCGCCUCCAAACACGAUGGUGGUUCGAGCGCUGUAUCGACGAUUCUGGCGAGGCUUACCUCCUGUUCGCAGAUGCACCUGCCGCAGCUACACUUCUUGGCCAGCCGGCUGACAGCGCAACAGCGCCCCUGCUCGCUCUGGUGGAUCACAACGCCAUGGAGCCCUCUCAGGCAUCUCUUCAGUCCAAUGUGGUAGCGGUUCUAGAUCACCACAGUCCUCUCCCAGAAGGGCGUCUUUCUGCCUCCACUGCGUUCGCCGUGGACAAUCCAGGCCCCUCUGUGGGGUCCUGCUGCACUCUCGUGUCGCUUCUGUUUCAUGAGCUGUCGGCAGUCACGGCGAACCUCGUAGUGCCUCCUUCCGGAAUGCACAGUCUCCUUCUUGGCGCAGUCGCCGUCGACACAGCAGCUUGCGCCGCCAAGCUUUUCGGAACCCGCUGGAGUUCGCCAGAUAAGGAAAUGAUGACCGCCUUGUGGCGCCGAGUUUCCUCGACUUGGCAGAUGCACGCGUUCGGUUCGCCUGAAGACAUUUUGAAGGGGUUCGGCCGCAUUAAGUUCGACAUUCCUCGUCAACUUUCUCUUGGCAUUUCUGCUCUGAUGCGCGCCGACUACAAAUGCUUCCUUUACUGGAAUGUCUGCGGUCAGGAGUUGAAAGUGGGCUUUGGGGCACUUACCGUGCCACUGUCGGUGGUUCUGCAAGCGUCGGAGUCUUCGCGCGAAGCGGCCGUGAACGCGGAGACCUUCGCGAAUCUUCGCGACGAAUUCCGUGGCGCAGCGGAAAGCUUAAUCAAGGAACAAAGCUUGGGAAUCGUUGUCGCACUAUCUUCCUACCACCGUCCUGCGAGCAACGGAGAUGAAUAUGUUCUUGAACGGCAAAUGGCCCUGAUCGGCAAGAAGGAACUUCAGCCCAUCAUCGAAGGUGCCGUCUGUUUCGUUUCGCGGCAGCCCGGCGUUUCCGAAGCGCAGGUGCUGAGAGUCGACCAGAAGGCAAGAGGGGUUGACUCCAGCGAUGCGACACUCCAGUCAUUGACAGAUAUCUUUUUCGUCAGUCAGAUGCCCGUGAGGCUCUCCAGGAAAGUUUUAGAACCGAUUUUUCGGGAGUAUUUCGCCUGCUUAAGUCGCCCGCAAGCAACGUGA